ACAACUCACACCGGAACGAGUUGGGACUGUCUCCAAUCCCAGCUGUUUGCUUUUCCUCAUUGUCUCCGCCGUCGGGAGACAGCCCAUCAUCUCCUCCUCCGCAUCAUCAUCUUCCCACCGAACUCCACCAUGUUUUCCCAGCUCUGUCGUGCGGACCCGUGAGCGAGAUGAAUGAACAAUGGGUCCCCCUACCCUCGCAUCUUUUGAGGAGUCGAACCCAUGAUUGCUCCUCUUCUUUUUCCUCGAACGUUCUACUAGGUAUCCGCUGCGUCCAUGAUUAACCUGCUCCGGUGCUGGUCCCAAACUAGCGAACGGUGAUCCACCGAGGGACACUUCCAACUGUCACUCUUCCCUGCCGCCUCAUACAGCCACCAAAGCCCCGACGCAUCACAUGGCCACCUGAAUAGUUCCAACGACAAGUCGACCAGUGGGUUGCGUUCGCUUAACGGGUGCUGUCCCGACCGCGUCAAAUCCGCGUCUGACUCCCUGCAAUCAAUACUAUUGGCCGAACCAACUUCCGACCCGCGGGAGUCAAUGAAUGGGCCCCAUCCUAAAUGCCAAAGCGACCCGCCAUGUCACGUAGAUGGUCUUCCCGAGAUCCACUAACCGUUCCGUGACACAUGUUGCGGCCAAUGACAAGGCAUGCUUCGGCGAUACCAUCGCUGCUAAUUGCUCCUCCAAUUCGUGCAAUCCACGCCAUGGUGGUUUCCCGAAGAUACCUUGACGGCCUCGUGUGUUCGAGCCUUUGUUGUCGUUUUGCAACGUCAAACGUACGGCGGGCAUUUUAGCGAACACAAGUUGGGCGUUAAAUGAGUUUGUCUCUCACACACUUCCUUCCCUCUUCAUUAUACGCCUCGUGUCCUCGUCCCCUUCGGCUGUCGUUUCUCUCCUCCUUCCCACUCCGCGUCCUCCUUCGACUCUGCUUUGUGCUCUGUGUGAGGGCGGAGAGGGAUGAUACCGAUUAGUUUAGCGUCGGGGGUGAUGGCUGUGGUGGGCGGUGCGGUGCUCCUGAGGAUCGUCCUAUCGUUCAAAACGCUGGUGCACUGCUUGGGGCGGUGGUGGCGGUGGGUGGAGGAGCGGACGCAGGCGUACCAGAACUUCGAGAUCCUGCGGUACAGCGAUUGCGGGCAGGAGAACCCCCUGUACCGCCGCGCCGCCGCCUACGUCGCCGCCCUCCCUUCCCUCGAGGACGCGGCCGCCGCCAACCUCUUCUCCUCCGGUCGCAAGCCUAACGACUUCUUCCUCCUCCUCGGUCCCGGCCACUCCGCCACUGACUCCUUCCUCGGCGCCCGCGUCUCCUGGACCAACGCCCCCUGCGCCGGCGGCGUUCCCCGCCUCGUUCUCCGCCUCCGCCGGCAGGACCGCACCCGCGUCCUCCGGCCUUACCUCCAGCACGUCGAGUCCGUCGCUGAUGACCUCGAGCUCCGGCGAAGGGAGGUCAGGCUCUUCACCAGCUCCGUAGGCGCCGGCGACGGCGGGGGCCCGCGGUGGCGGUCGGUGCUGUUCACCCACCCCGCGACGCUCGACACGGUGGCGAUGGACCCGGAACUUAAGGCGCGGAUCCGCGCCGACUUGGAGUCCUUCCUCAAGGGUCGAGCAUACUACCACCGCCUCGGUCGGGUCUGGCGGCGGAGCUACCUCCUCCACGGGCGCCCCGGGACCGGCAAGUCCACCUUCGUGGCGGCCAUGGCCAAGGUCCUCGGCUACGACAUCUACGACGUCGACCUCUCCCGCGUCUCCGCCGGCGGCGACGACCUGAAGGCCCUCCUCCUCAGCACCACCCCCAGGUCGGUGAUCUUGGUCGAGGACCUCGAUCGCCACCUCAAGGGCAAGGGCGUCGGCGAGGAAGGCGAGUCGCAGCUCACCCGGAUCCUAAACUUCAUGGACGGCAUCUUCUCGUGCUGCGGCGAGGAGCGGGUGAUGGUAUUCACGAUGAGCUCCGACGGCGGCGGGAUGGAGGGGGUGGAGCCGGCCGUGCUGCGGCCGGGACGGCUCGACGUGCACAUCCACUUCCCGCUCUGCGACUUCACGGCGUUCAAGACGCUGGCGAGCAGCUACCUGGGCCUCAAGGACCACAAGCUGUACCCUCAGGUGGAGGAGGGGUUCCACAGCGGCGCCAGGAUCAGCCCGGCGGAGGUCGGCGAGAUCAUGAUGGCCAACCGUGGAUCGCCCAACCGGGCGCUCAAGUCGGUGAUCAGCGCGCUGCAGCAGGCGUCGUCGAACGCCGGGCGGAACCCGAGCGAGAGCGGGUCGGGGCGGCGGUGGGAGGACCCAGCGGCGGGCAGCGGCAGCGGCGGCGGCGGUCUGGGGUUCGGCAAGGAGUCAAUCAAGGAGUUCAAGAAGCUGUAUGGGAUGAUAAAGAUGAAGAGUGGGAGCAAGAAGGAAGACGCGACGCCGGCCGCGUCGGCCGCGAGCGCUACCCCGGACAAGCUCGAUAAAGAUCAUCCACAUUGACGAAUCAAUUGGGUUUCUGGAAGCAAGACUACAUAUCGCUCGCUCUCUCUCUCUCUCUCUCUCUCUCUCUGUGAUCACUAAAGAAAUCGGUUUGGGGCUUCAAUCAAUUUUGAUCUGGAGAGAUCGACAUGGGAGCAUCGAAAGUGUAGAAAGAUUUAGGGAAGAAAUUGGUGUGUAUACUGUAAAUGUUAGCUUUCGCGAAGAACUAGUUUUGUAUUCA